AUGUUCUCCCCUGCCGCAGCUGGUCACACAGUGGGCGCCGCCGCUACUGCGGUGGGCUGCUCGCCGAACACCAGCAGAAGCAUUACAGGGUUAGUUGUGAACCAGGGAGGGACGGCCUGCUUGUCGCUGAUUGCUGCUAGCGGGAAUUCCUCAAGGAAGGGCUCUCCCAGUUUCCUCGGCGGCGCCGCGGCCGCUGCGGUGUGGCUUAGUCAACUCUCUUCGGAUGCUGCACGAAGGGGUUCUACCAUAGCGGGUUGCUUAGGACGGUCUGUUACCGCAAAAUUGAACUCCCCGCCACCAGCGCGCAAUGGGUUCGAACAUUUCCUCCGCUUCCGUUCUUUACAUUGCUCGCUUGGAAUGAAUUUUUCGAUAUAUAUAUAUUUUUAAUUUCAGUUCUUCUUCUUAUUUUUUCUUGAGGAGAAACUCACAUGGUUUUCAUUUCUAGUCGAUCUUUGUUUUUCUCAUAUAUUUCAUCGUCACCUUUUAGGAAAGAAAAGGCUAAGCCAGGCAAGAAGGAACAUCAUUUGUGGAUGAAAAGAGACUCGACUGGAUCUGGGCAGAAAGCUCUUAAUCUUGUUCGAAUCGUAAGUUCGUAUCCUAAUUUACUUUUUGUAUUUUGCACGUUUUAGCUUGAUCAUCUGUGUUGUAAUCCUUGGAGUCAUUGCUUAUCUUGUUUUUAGUGCACUCUUAUAAAAAUAAUUUCACGGCCUGUAUUCGGUAUGCAGUGUAAUCUUCUAAAUGUUUCUAUGUGGUAAGGAGGAAUCAUGGUGAAUUUCGCUGGUAUUUUAUAACCAACUUUCUCACACUACAAUUCCCACGGCCUAAUUUUUUUUCUUCUAUGAUAGCAGUAAAAGAACAGUGCUAGAAAGAGAGAGAGAGAGAGAGAGAGAGAGAGAGAGAGAGAAUUCGCUUGGUCAAAAUCUUAGAAGGAGAUCAAUGCAUGCUGCGGUAACUGGGCGUACAUCUUGAGAAUAUUACUAAUGGUAAGAAGUGGAGCGUCACGAAAUUAAUCGGAUCAUUAGGGGAGAAAGAAUUACUAUCACUUUAUUGUUAACAGCUGGGAGCCGAACAAACCACAAGAACUGGUUUUCUGUUCUUCCAUCCCCUUCCCUGGUCUGUAAGGGCACUAUUCCCUCAGGCAAUACCAUGAUCCUGUACGACGUUCGUCCAGCAUCUGAUCUCCUCUAAGAAUCGUCCACAAGUGUGGGAAUUUUGUGCCCCAUGAAGACCAAUAACGAAGGAUUAUAUUUCUGGGCAUGAUGGUUACUGAUGAAAACCAUGGAAUUUGUGGACUGGGUCCAAGUCUCCAUUGCCCAACUUAUGGUUCCUAACCCUGUGAAUCACCCAAAAAAAUUGCAGUGCAAAGUCAUCAGAUAGAACUGCUGGGCAAGCAACAAAGUUGACAACUUUUUGAAGAUGAAACCCAUUCCAUGUCCGUAUAGAGAGAAAAUACUGAUAGAUUUAACAACCAUGUGGAGAUGCCUUUUAACAUAUGUAAUGGCGACUGACACUGGUAUCCGAUUAGAAUCAACUUGAAAUGGGUAAGCUCAACACUAAGGAUUUAAAGGGGUCAGAAUCGACGGUUUUACCAUUAGCUCACCACGGCUAUACGAGUAGCUGUGGAGUAAUUGGAUUUGGGGUUGUUCAGAAUAUUGAUCUCCUACUAGUAUAUGCUUUAGUCAUACCUUGCUCGUGUUAUCCAAAGUAAGGUCAGUUAUCCCCUAUUCACAACAUUCUAUAGAUAUAAUCUCCUAUGCGAUGAAAGGGAUAGGUUAUUGACGCUAUACUUGAUGUCUCAGAUGAAUCUUUGAUCAUUGGUAAUUCUUUAAUUACGUGGAGCCAUUAUACAUUCAGUACGGUAUCCAGAAUCGAGGCUCCUUGAUAUAGAAUAUGCCCGUAUGUAGUUCAGUCUCAUGCUCAAUGUAGAGGGAGUAAUCUAAAUUUUUUGAUUGAUUUCAGUCCCUGUUCUCAUUAAUGGUAAUAAGCAUGAAGAUGACUGCUCCAUAUCUUAUUGGUGGCAUACUUUUGUUGGCCAAAGUUUUAGUUGGAGCACACUAAAUCUCUGGUGAUAUAUUUUCUCAAGGUUUGAAUGUUAUAUAGUUCACAGUAGUGAGUUGUGCUGCUCCACUGCCGCCAGAAAAGGGAAAGGAAGAAUGGCACUGCUCAAUCUCAUUAGAUGAAGAAGAAAAAAAGCUUCAUGCAGACAUUCGCAGGGAAAAGAAAUGGAAGUUUGGCAAAAAUCGAAAGAAUGCUGAUAUGACUUUUUGGCUAUCUUCCACUGUGAACCAAGUGUCAGGAAGCCUAUCUAAGCAGAGAAGUAAGACUGUACAGUGGGAAUAUUAGGACUUGGGGCUGGGUUGAAUGAGACUGGGUUCUCGGGUAACUGAAUAUAUUUUGUUAAUUUGUCCCUCUCUUAUUCCCCAUGUAGCGUGUUUGAGGCCUUUCUAUUCGGUAGAUUAUCCAGUCGUUGACCUUUUCACACAAAGUUCACAUAAUUUCGGGACUUUAUUUCCCUCGAAUUUUCAAGCAGGUGUCGCAACUUCCAAAUGAGAAAGAAGCAAUUGAUAAAGCUUUAGACAAAUGGACAGCUUUUGAGGUUGAAUUUCCUUUGAUUGCGGUGGCAAAAGCAUUGGGGAUUUUACGAAGGAGGAAUCAAUGGCUGCGUAUCAUACAGGUAAGCAAAUGUAUGAAUAUGUGUGGCUACUUUCCAACUUAUGAAGCACAUCAAAUGCUAUUGCCAACUUGUUGUUACUUACACGGUUAUAUAGCACAGGAAUUGUUGUUUAGAGUCUAGUAUCCACAAUGUUAAACGAAUCUGUAACUCAUUUAAUGUUGCAGGAGUUUUCUUGUAUGCAAAAAUAAGAUUGUUAGUUGUUUUGUUGAAUGAAAUAUUCAAUGAUGCAUCAAAUUCAAAUGUUAUCAGGGCUGCUGUUGCUGAAAUCUAUGGCCAGAUAGACGAGAAUCAAAUAUAAAUGAAUGAAAAUUUUAAGCUGUUUAUGAGUUAGAAAGCGGUGUGUCUUUUCUUAUUUUCUUCUGGAGGACGUUUUUGCAUCAAAUUUUGCUCUAUGAAUGGUUUUUGGAGUGUGGCGCUCUGAAUAGGAUCGAUCAGAUAAAAAUGCUGGUGAUACUUGAGACAGAAGUCCUUUAAGUAUUGAGGUCUGUAAUAUUAUUCAUUUCAAAAAAUACCUUAUGUUGUAACAUACAUUGGUCAACAUUGAGAGCUCAAAGACCUUAGGAAGCCAUGACAUUAUCAUUAUUCAUAUUUUUUUCAUCAAAAAAGGUCAGCAUUUUAGUUUUUUCAGUGUAAUGAUUUGUCGUAUUUAUUCUUUCAAUGACUAGACCAGCAGGACCGUCUUGCUCAUCUAUUCCUAUGGAUCAGUAACCGAAUUGCUUUUUUUGUUUCGUGGGUGAGAUCAACAACAUAUAGUAUUCGCUUCCCCUGUAUUCGUUUCAUUUUAAUUUUAUGCCUUGUGGUGUCAUAAUGUUCAUCCAAUAAUCUCUGUGGUCUCUUCAUUGUCAAUUUUUCCUGAAUUUACUCCUACUCUUUUCACAUUGAUUUCAUAGUUUUGUUUCACCGAUGCUUUCCAAUUUAUUUUUAUUUUUCCAUCGAUCCCUACUCUUCCCAGGAUCAGACAAAACAUUUAAGAAGGUGAUGAGACAAAAUACGUCUCAUCUAGAAAGGUAAAAAACUAUGUCCAAAGCUUAUCAAAGGUAUUUGCUAAGGCAUCACGGUGAACAAUGUUUCUGUGUCCUCCUUGGCUUGGGUUCUACUUAGGCUAGUUGGGUGCAGAUUGGCGAGUCUUCCCUGCAGAAUAUCUCUGCAGCUUUUAGUACUGCAGAAUUUUUCUCCCUUCAAUUCCUCGGAUCUGCCUUACAAAUUGAUGGUAGCAGUUCAAUCGUCCCUUUGAGCAGCAGUGAAGAUGAUGGAGCAUCCCUUCAAGCUCUACCUUAAAAAUAUGGACCGAAAGUUUGUCUUAAAACCGGAAGAGAAAGUUGAGCCCACUGCCGUCAGUCGAAGCGACCCAAAUCUGACACUGGCGGGAUUCUAAUCCAUAUACGUAUUUAUAGAUAAUUUCUCCUGUAAAAAGAUGUAAAUUUUCUCGUAGCCGACUACAAUUCUCUGUUUGAGUAUGAUUUCAAAAUAGUUUUAGAUUCGUAUCCAUACUAAACCUGGUAAUGGCCUUCUAGGUAUCAAAGUGGCUGCUGAGCAAAGGCCAGGCCAUGACAAUGGGAACGUACGAUGUCCUUCUACUGGCCUUGGACAUGGAGGGGCGAGUGGAUGAGGCCGAGACCAUCUGGCACGCAGUGUUGGAGACCCACACUCGCUCCAUCUCCAGGCGGCUGUUUUCCCGAAUGAUCGCCGUAUACGAUCACCACCGCAUGCCGGCCAAGAUCUUAGAGGUACUCUACUCACCUCAACGAUGAUGCCACUCCUCAAGGAGUUCACCUCUCUUCUUCCAUUAAUAGUAAGGGUCUGGAACUUGCCUAAUUUGGCGACUGAAUGGCAGGUUUUUGCGGACAUGGAGGAGCUGGGCGUGAAACCAGACGAAGAUACUGUGACGAGGGUGGGGAGGGCGUUGCAGAGCCUCGGGCAGGAGGACAACCGGAGGCGGCUGUUCCAGAAGUAUGGGAGGAAGUUUGGGUACCUCCACUUCAAUGGGGAACGAGUUCGAGUGAGGAUUUCCAGAGGGUUAGAAGAUCAACAGUAG